UGAAAAUGUAUGUAUGUAGCUUCAGGAUUUUUAAUUAUGUAAACCAUGUGGUGUUUUUUAAAAUUAUAAUAUAAAAAAGUGGAAAGAUAUUGUUUUGUAGGAAACAAUAUGCCUACAAUAUUGGGUGGAGGUGUGGCUGGUUUAUCAGCAGCUUAUUAUUUAACAAGUAGGCUUGCAAAGAAAAUUGAAUUAUUUGAAAAAUCAACUCGAUUAGGCGGGUGGGUUCGUUCAGAGUCACAUCCUGAAAAAUCCUUGGUUUUCGAAUUUGGACCUCAUACAAUUCGUUCAAAAGGCUUAGGAGCUUCUACCACAAUGGAAUUAGUGGAGCAAUUAGGCUUAGAAACAGAUAUUUAUCCUAUAGGCUGCUCUUCCGAAGCUUCUAAAAAUCGAAUGAUAUAUGUUAAAAACAAUCUCUGUACUUUACCAUCAAGUUUAAUAGACAUGUUUAAAACAACUCCACCAUUUUCCAAACCUUUAGUAAGCGGAUUUCUUCAAGACCUCCGAGCCCCCUCUGUAAAGCAUAGUUUAGAUGAUGAAUCCAUUUACAAUUUUUGUAAAAGACGAUUUGGGGGAGAAAUAGCAGAUUAUAUCAUUAGUUCAAUGAUAUGUGGCAUUUGUGCUGGAGAUGCCAAAGAAAUUAGUGUAAGAUUUAUAAUGAAUGAUCUAUUUGAGAAAGAACAGAGACAUGGCGGAGUUUUAAAAGGUUUGAUAAAGGACUAUUUCUCAAAAGAAAUUAAAAAAAUGUCAAAUAUGGAGCGUUUCGCUCUAAUGUCUAAGGACGCCAAAUUAGUGGAAUCGGCAAGGAAAAAUAACUGGAGUAUAUAUUCGUUUAAAAAUGGAAUGGAGACUUUAAUAAAUAGUUUGAAUAGUAAUAUAAAAUCUAAAGGUGUUACAGUAAACACUAACUCUGAAUGUAAACAAAUAACGUUUACAACAAAUGGUGCUGUUAUCAAUAUAAAUGGAAAAGAAAUUGAGACUGAUCACAUUAUUGGCGCCAUACCUAGUUUUAAAUUAGCUGAACUAGUGAAAUUGCAGCAUCCUUUUUUAAAUAAUCAGCUAAAAGAUAUUCAAUAUGUCGAUGUCGCUGUUGUUAAUUUAAAAUUCUGUAGUAAAGAUUUAUUAAAAAAUGACGCUUUUGGACUAUUAAUACCACCAUCAGAAAAUAUUCCCAUUCUAGGAGUUAUAUUUGACAGUUGUGUUUUCAAUAUGUCUGGAACCGUUCUUACUGUAAUGAUGGGAGGAAAGUGGUUUGAAAAAUAUCUUGGAAAAAAUCCAUCUCAAAGCGAAAUAUUAGACAUAGCUUUGGAACAAACUGCAAAGAUUUUACAUAUAAAUGAAAAGCCUGAUAUGUUUCGUGUUAACAUUCUUAGGAAUUGUAUUCCACAAUACACAGUCGGACAUAAAAAGCGAAUUGAAGAAGUAAGAAAUUACAUUGAAAAAAACAAUUUAGCAGUAUCAUUGUGUGGCGCUGCUUAUGAUGGUGUUGGGAUCAAUGACGUAAUUUUAUCUGCAAAAACUCAAGCAUAUUCACUUCUUAAACUAUAAAAAAUUUAGUAAACGGUAUUGAUUUAAUAAUAAAAUGUUGAUCAUUGUUUCAAUUUUA